AUAAAUAAAUCUGACAGAAAAUCUAUGUGAGGCUAAGCGAGAGAAGCACUAGCUCCGUGACACGAAGCCAUGGCGUCUCUGCUCGGAACUUCUUCCACAGCAAUCUUGGCCUGUCGACGCCUCUCUUCAUCAUCACCUAUCUUCCCACCUUCAAUUUCAGUGCAGAAUCAUGGCAAGAAAUGCUAUGGAGGGAUUGGGUUUCAGACCAAGAGAGGGAGGUCGCCGUGGCAUCUUGCCGUCACCAAUGUUGCAACUGAUGUCAAUUCUGUUGAGCAGGCUCAGAAGCUUGCCUCUAAGGAGAGUCAGAGGCCGGUCUAUCCUUUCGCGGCUAUAGUCGGGCAAGAUGAGAUGAAGCUAUGCCUCUUACUAAACGUGAUUGAUCCUAAGAUUGGUGGUGUCAUGAUUAUGGGAGAUAGGGGCACCGGAAAAUCCACAACGGUCCGAUCAUUGGUCGAUUUACUCCCUGAGAUCGAGGUGGUCGCUGGCGACCCGUAUAACUCGGACCCUAAAGAUCCUGAAUCCAUGGGCGUUGAAGUUCGGGAACGAGUGAUAAAAGGGGAACAAGUCCCUGUUGUGUCGACCAAAAUCAACAUGGUGGAUUUGCCACUGGGAGCUACAGAAGAUAGGGUUUGCGGUACGAUCGAUAUCGAGAAAGCCCUCACUGAGGGUGUCAAGGCAUUUGAGCCAGGCCUUCUUGCUAAAGCUAACAGAGGGAUUCUUUAUGUGGACGAAGUUAACCUUCUGGAUGAUCACUUGGUGGACGUUCUUUUAGAUUCCGCCGCCUCGGGAUGGAACACUGUGGAGAGAGAAGGAAUUUCCAUUUCGCAUCCCGCUCGAUUCAUUCUCAUUGGCUCAGGAAAUCCCGAAGAAGGGGAGUUGAGACCGCAGCUUCUUGAUCGGUUCGGUAUGCACGCACAGGUAGGGACAGUGAGGGAUGCGGAACUGAGGGUGAAGAUCGUGGAGGAGAGAUCGAGAUUCGACAAGAACCCCAAGGAGUUCCGUGAUUCUUACAUAGCAGAGCAAGAGAAGUUGCAGAAGCAAAUAUCCUCAGCUAGGAGUAAUCUCUUUUCUGUCCAGAUCGAACGAGAUCUCAAGUUGAAAAUCUCCAAGGUUUGCGCUGAGCUCAAUGUCGAUGGAUUAAGAGGAGAUAUCGUGAGUAACAGAGCAGCUAAGGCCUUGGCUGCUCUGAAGGGAAGAGACAAUGUAACCGCGGAAGAUAUUGCCACUGUGAUUCCAAACUGCUUGAGGCAUCGGCUUCGCAAAGAUCCCUUGGAAUCAAUUGACUCGGGACUACUGAUCAUCGAAAAGUUUUAUGAGGUUUUCAGCUGAGGCAGGUAGCGAAACGACUCUUUUCCCUUGCUGAAAUUACUUUUUUCCCCCUUCCCACUGUAAUUCUUGCAUUGUAGCUGUUCUUUAAUGAAUGAAAUCUUAAGUGGAGUGGCAUUUCAGUUC